AUGGCGGACAAGGACGACGGUGCCGCGACUCCUGCUACACAGCCUGUAGCUCUGCCAUAUAUUGGCAGCAAGACCCGCAGAUCCACGUAUCCGAUGCGACCAAAGCCCGCUUCUGGGAUGAGGUCUUUUCAGGCUGGAACAGCACGCAAAGCAGCAUCUCCCGAAGCCCAAACGUCACCACGCGGCUGCUCCGACCCAUCCUUGGAGUUGAAGUUCUUUUCCGAGGCCAUGAGGUGUAUUGUCGAGGCAGACAGUUGGACAGUCGUCGCUCGGUCUCGUUUCAUCGGAAAAUGGCAUAAGCACCUUCGUCAGAUGGCAACCGUGGGUCGGCAGCGGCCCUUCGCAUCCCUCAAGAGGAAGCCAAAAGGAUUAAUCCAAUGGAAUGCUCUCGCCUUCCACCAGAUCCUGCGACUUGGUUCGCUCGGCCCGAGGACUGUUGUGCCACCCCACUCUUUCGCGUCUGUCGAGGAUGCGGCAAACGUGCCGUGUUUCGCAGCCGCCUCGAACACGUAUUUCAUGUUCGAUGAAGUCCUGGGGCUUCGCAACAGCCCGUUGCGAGCCAUCUUUAUCAACAACCCGAGCUCCCCGGGUCUGAAGCGCUGCGACCGCUUUGGUCGGCUUGCCCGACUCAUGGAGGAUGACCCAGCUCGCAUGGCGUUGCACCCACCCACACCCGCUACCCGUCUCAACCAGCAUCACUUUUCGAGGCAUGAUGGUCAAUUGGACACCUCGUCCAUUGACUCCAACGUAUUUAACGACAACUGUCCUGUCGAAUAG